AGAUUAGUAUACAGAUAUAUGGUACAGCCGGCUGCAUAGCAGCAGCUUCACGCCAUGCGUUGUGGUUAUCCCGUUAUCCCAUAUCCAGUUGGACGUGUCUUAUACGUGCACACCCGGCGCAACGACGAGUAAAUUCCCAACACUUGUCACUUGACUGACAGAACCAGGCAAAUGGAUUAGGUAUGAUAAUUCUCCCUUUUUCAACGGGUACACGCUGUUUGCAUGAUGAACACCUUAACCGGUGUUUAAGGAGUGACACUAAUGUUUGGCCAACCUGGAAAGGGUCCUGUUCGUCUUAGGUAUGUGGCCUACCAAAGCAAAUAAGCGGUGAUAAUCAUUUAAGUCGAUUUCGGAGUGUGCUCUUUUUGGGCGAUUGCACUGAACUCCCGGAAGUGCAGCACCGAACAAGUGGACAAUACUUUGCCGCAGAUUGUGCCUCUCUGCUUGAUUUUAUGUAAUCGAGACGCUGCACAGUGCACAUCUUUCGGAUAAAGAUAUUGACUCCACACGAAAUCUAACCGCAUAUAUAAAAAGGUAUGCCGUAUGUAUGUUUAAAGUAAUGGAUUUGUGCUGUUGGAGUAAAGGAGACUGAUUCAUCGCAAUACCUCUGCUGCAUAAUUUUUCUGCUGAGGCAAUAAUUUUCGGUCUGUUACCAAAUCUGCGAAAUGUGGUAAUCGGAUUCAACGGCGGUAGAUAAUGGGAUUUAUACGUUCCCGAUUAGUCGGUGUUCAGGUUAUGAUUACAUCUGACAGUCCGAUGCAGAGCAACGCAGCGUAGUCUGGACUCCAAACCGUACUGUCGAUACGAAAAAACCACAAAAAUGCCAUCCAGGAUAAUGGACGACGUAGAAUCGGAUGAAGAACGACUCGCCAUAGAUCGAGUGCGGCGUUAUCCGACCAAAUUUGCCUAUCUGUCACGUCUGCUAACGGGAGUGGGAGGAUUUUUAAUUGGUUAUGAUGCCGGCGUUAUAUCGGGUGCGAUGUUGAUUAUCAAAGAGGAGUUCACGCUAACAUAUGUAUGGCAAACAAUGCUAAUCAGCUGCACUGUCCUGCUGGCGGCAUGUUCCGCGUUGAUGGCCAGUUUUCUCAGCGAUCGUUUUGGGCGGAGACCUGUCAUCCUGUGCGCCAGUUUCCUUUUCUGUCUGGCAUCACUACUGGAGAGCUGGGCCACAAGCAUUAGUGUCCUGCUGUCCGGGCGGAUAUUGAUAGGCGUAUCAUUUGGUUUAACAUCUGCAACAUCACUAAUAUACUUUUCGGAGCUGUCACCGGAAAUCCCCCGCAAAAAUCUGUUGCCGAUUAGCCUCGUAAUUGUAUCGGGAGGCCAGUUGACCGGAAGCGUCAUUGAUGGGAUCUGCGGGCUUUUCGAUAGCUACACGUGGAGGAUUAUGCUCGGACUUGGCUGCAUCCCAUCAGUGGCACAGCUCAUCGGUUUUAUUUUCAUGCCCGAAAGUCCAUUGUGGUUGACCAUUCAAGGACGCUAUGAAGACGCUAAAUCGGGGCUGUAUAAACUUCGGGGAAUAAAUGCUGAUAUAGACGAAGAAUUCGAUUUGCUCAAAUUAGCUGCAGAAGAGCGGAUUCGUAAUAGACCGAAAGGAUCAACAAGAUGGAUGAAAAACGAUAUGCUCUGGCAACCAGCUUUUAGGCGGACAUUACUUGUUGGCUGUGGACUGCACGCCAUCGUUCAAUUCACUGGUGGCAUAAACUUAUUAUACUACGGGGGCACCGUAAUCCAGAUGACGGGACUGAACGGAAAAGCAACAAUAAUUUGGCUAACUGCUGUAACAAACGUUAUUGGCUUACUGGGCUCCUUUGUGGGUUUGUGUCUAACCGACAGGCUUGGUCGGCGACCCUUGAUGUUGUUGAGCUUAUUUGGCGUACUUAUGAGCCUGGUGGUGCUGGCCGUGAGUUUCCAGCUCGGCGCCGUAAACUCGCCUCUUGUGACAUACAGGAAUGAGCCACUUUCAACCGGCAGCAGUAGCAGCAGCGGAACUGGUGGUCCUAGCGUCAGCGAAAUCUGUCGUUCCCAAAUAAAUUGUGAAGCAUGUAUUGAACAGAGGCAAUGUGGAUUCUGCUAUGUAAGCAAUGAGCUGGAAAGUGUUUCCCAAGCGUCCUGCACGGAUGCGGCGGAAGAGGAUUUCACACAUGCAGCGAAGGGGCGCUGCUAUAAUGUAACCACUGCAGCGCGAAAUAAUUUGUUCUGGAGUUUCGACGCGUGUCCGACAUCCUACACUUGGGUGCCGCUGUACGGCUUAAUGCUGUAUUUAAUGUUUUUUGCAGCAGGCGUUGCGCCGGGAUCGUGGGUGGCCAGUCAUGAGAUCUACUCCCCAACGUGCCGGGAUACCGGCAUUAUCGCAGCGGUAGCGGCGACCUGGUUCAGCGCUUUUAUUACCACUUCCACGUUUCUUUACCUGGUUCAAGCCAUUUUCAAGUUUGGCAUAUUUUGGUUGUAUGCUAGUGUUGCCGUUCUUGGUUUAUUUUUCAUCUAUUUCGCCGUACCGGAAACGAAGGGAAGAAAGGCCGAAGAAGUGGAAGGGCUCUUUGCUAUGCCAUUUGCCCAAGCCGCCAACGCCGUCCUCCCGCUGGAAAAACCAGUCCAGUUUGUCAGAAUACGCGGACUCAACCGGGAUGGUCAGCAAGACUCAGUGGAAAGCGACGACUCCGAUUAAAACGGCUGACUUUUGCCUGCUUGGCAAACCUUUCCUAUCUUUCCUACUCUUGUUUAGUAGAAUUCGUUUAUUCUUUUAUUCCAAACCAGUUCCACGAAACCGAUUUUUUUACUUUGAAAACUGUAGCCAGAAUGAGUUUGCAUUAAGAAUAUAUAUAUUUAUUACGACUAUCACAAUACAUACUCAGCUUUUCAGUAUCAAUCUGUUGUAGAACAAAAAUAAAAA